UUCGGUUGCAGUACCAAGUUGGUGUGAGAGGGCGAGCCCGGUGACGUCAGAGGCACUCAGACAGCAGCAGACAGUGGGAUUGUGAAUACAAAGCUGGAGCCUUCGUUCCCGGGUUUUCAAUCAUACUUGUAUGUGAAGCAAUGUAAAAUCCUGAAUGGUGGAGAUCAUUUGGUGUUUAGAUAAUGGGCUGUGUGCAAUGCAAGGACAAAGAGACAGCAAAAGCAGCAGUGGACGAUAGGGCUGGUUCCAUCCCUCAGAACCCAGGCUACCGUUAUGGGCCCGACCCUUCCCCCCAGCAUUAUCCCAACUUUGGCGUCACAGGGAUUCCGAAUUACAACAGCUUCCAUGGGACAAGUGGACAAACACUGACUGUCUUUGGCGGAGUUCAUUCUUCCUCUCACACAGGAACGCUGCGUACCCGAGGCGGAGGAAGCUUAACUGUUGGAGUAACCCUGUUUGUGGCUCUGUAUGACUACGAAGCCAGAACUGAUGACGACCUCAGCUUUCGGAAGGGAGAAAAGUUUCAAAUUCUUAAUAACACAGAGGGAGAUUGGUGGGAAGCCCGAUCCUUACAGUCUGGAGGUACGGGAUACAUUCCCAGUAAUUACGUGGCUCCAGUUGACUCCAUCCAGGCAGAGGAGUGGUACUUUGGUAAACUUGGCCGCAAAGAGGCUGAGAGACAACUUCUGUCUGUUUGCAAUCCGAGAGGAACCUUCCUCAUUCGAGAAAGUGAAACCACCAAAGGUGCCUAUUCUUUGUCAAUACGGGACUGGGAUGACAUAAAAGGAGACCAUGUUAAACACUAUAAGAUCCGCAAACUGGAUAAUGGUGGGUAUUAUAUAACAACCCGUGCCCAGUUUGAAACACUGCAGCAGCUGGUUCAACAUUACGCAGAACGAGCUGCUGGUCUCUGCUGUCGCUUGGUGGUCCCUUGCCAUAAGGGUAUGCCGAGGCUUGCUGACCUCUCUGUGAAAACCAAAGACGUGUGGGAAAUUCCCCGAGAAUCUCUGCAGUUAAUCAAGAGGCUGGGAAAUGGGCAGUUUGGGGAAGUCUGGAUGGAGUCAGCUGAUGGUUUGUGCUAUAACUUAACAACGGUUUGUACAAACAUGAUCCCGCAAACUGUUGGAUUAGCUAAAGAUUCUUGGGAAAUUUUACGGGAAUCCCUAACCUUGGAGAGAAAGCUUGGUCAGGGGUGCUUCGCCGAUGUUUGGUCUGGUACCUGGAAUGGAACCACAAAAGUUGCAGUGAAGACUCUGAAACCAGGCACCAUGUCUCCCGAGUCCUUCCUUGAGGAAGCACAGAUCAUGAAGAAGUUGAGACAUGACAAACUGGUUCAACUUUACGCUGUGGUCUCCGAAGAGCCUAUCUACAUUGUCACCGAGUACAUGAGUAAAGGAAGCCUGUUAGAUUUCCUAAAAGAUGGAGAAGGAAGGAUAUUGAAGUUGCCCAACCUUGUGGAUAUGGCAGCACAGGUUGCAGCAGGGAUGGCCUACAUUGAGAGGAUGAACUACAUCCACAGGGACCUACGAUCAGCCAAUAUUCUGGUUGGAGAUAAUCUGGUGUGCAAGAUUGCUGACUUUGGAUUAGCAAGAUUAAUUGAGGACAAUGAGUACACAGCGCGUCAAGGUGCAAAAUUUCCCAUCAAAUGGACUGCACCUGAAGCUGCACUAUACGGGAGGUUCACAAUCAAGUCCGAUGUCUGGUCCUUUGGCAUUCUGCUGACAGAGCUGGUGACAAAGGGGAGAGUGCCAUAUCCUGGUAUGAAUAAUCGUGAGGUGUUGGAGCAGGUAGAACGUGGUUACAGAAUGGCAUCUCCACAGGAUUGCCCCAGCUCUCUGCAUGAGCUCAUGAUUCAGUGUUGGAAGAAAGACCCAGAGGAGAGGCCUACUUUUGAGUAUCUACAGGCCUUCCUUGAGGACUACUUCACUGCGACAGAGCCUCAAUAUCAGCCAGGAGACAACCUGUGAUUGGCUGUACUAUUGAAAACUGCUCGUCAAUGGGUGCUCCUCUCCUCUCCCCAUUUGUCCUGCUGGAGUGAUCACCAGAGUCUGAAUCACCGUCCUGCCGGAACUGGUAACUUCUAAUAUCAUGCUCCUACUCCCUUGCCGUGGAAUACAGGCAUCUUCCCUUCAGCCACGUGGCUUCUCUUUUUGAAAAUGUCAGAAUGUUCAUAUUGUAUAAUAGUCAUUGUUGAACUGAUGGAGAACCAUCUCUAAAAUGCUACUUAUUGCCGAGAAAUAUUUGUCUUCCCCACGCUCCCCACUGCCUGCCUGUCAGUUCAAUGCUAUUGAAACUCGAGGGGUCGCAAGCAGCCAGUUUUUGCCCCUGUGCCAUGUCGAAAAGCCAGUGGCAUCAAGUGAAUGUCUCCUUCCUUUUGCUGCCAGACCACUGGUUUCUUUCUGAAGAGGUUUCUCAUUGUUGCAUAAGUCUCCACAGACAUCCACGGCUUUUCAGUCAAUGCUGUUGCAACUCAGCUGAGGAGAGGAAGGCUAUUUGCAACUGAAAACCUUCACGUAUAAAACUUGGACUCACAUUGACAUUUCUUCUGUUUGUCUCCCCAUUCCCCCUCGACCCCAGAUAUUUGCAUAUUGCUAUGGUUGUGAACCACUCAGUGACAUAGGAUGCUGCCAAAAGCAUUUGGCGUCUUGUUUGCACAUUGCUGCACUGUCCUGAUCACAAAUUGUUCUGAUUUGUUUUUAUUACUACUCCAUUUAAGUUUAUAGACUUGUAAGAAUUUUUUUUUAAAAAAAACCUAGUGAUGUAAUAUUAUGUCAUCUGAAAAGGAUAUAUUUAAAGAAAUUGUGCUAAAGAUCUAAUUACUUAUCAUUUACCCCGAGGAUGAUAGUGAUGUGAAUGAAACUGUAGUUCAAUUGGCACUAAGUGAUCACAACAGACCCGACGCUGACUAUAUUCUGUGUACCGCUGAGUAUACUCACCAGGUUAAUGCUGAGAGCUCGUGAGAUGUGGAAGUUUUGCCGUGCAGACGACAUUUCGUGGGAGCGUUGUCUGAACACCUCUUGCAGUUCAUAAUCGUGCUGAGCAGUUUAAACUGAGACUGACCCUGUCCUUGAGAAGUAUGCAGGAUAUCCCGAAGGGGUUAGCAUGACAAAUGCAGUCAUUUAAUGGACAAAAGGACAGAGCUCCAACCAUUCCAGAGUGUCUUUUACAUCUAACUUCACUUGCUGAUUUUUUUUUUUAAAUGCUUUUGUAUGUGUAACUUUGACGUACGUGCAGUAACCACUUGCAUUUCCAGAUUGCUUCCUGUUCAGCCAAUUACAUCCUAAAGGAUUAUUUUAAUAGAAUUACUAUGCACUCGAUAACUUUGAUAGCAGAUGCACAAAUGUAGUAAUAUGUUUUCAGAUGUUACUACAUUCCUUUAAUUGCCCAUGUGGUCCAAACUUUGGAAUCUUGGUAUUUGUACAUUUUAACCAAAUGAUGCCUCUGCAUUGUUUUUAUUUUCUCCCUCCCUUCCAACUCACAUGAAGAAUAUAACAUUUCAACUGACAUCAAAUAUACAUUUUACCAUUUCUGUACCAGUUGACAUAUUUUACAUAGCUAUUCAAUUUUCCUAAUCCAUUUCUUGUCAUUUUAAAACCUGUACAAUAAAGAUCUUAGCCAGGUC